GCCGCCGCAGCCUCAUGGCAGCCAUUGGAGUCCACCUGGGCUGCACAUCUGCCUGUGUGGCCGUCUAUAAGGAUGGCAGAGCACAUGUGGUUGCUAAUGAUGCAGGUGACAGAGUCACACCAGCUGUGGUUGCUUAUUCAGAAAAUGAAGAGGUUGUUGGUUUGGCAGCAAAACAAAGUAGAAUAAGAAAUAUUUCAAAUACAGUUAUGAAAGUAAAGCAGAUCCUUGGCAGAAGCCAGACAUGCGGUCCUUGGGCCUGGUUCCACAGCAAUUAGUCCCGAGAAGGAGGAAGCAACUGGCUCCAGGAAAUAUACUGAGACCACACAGAGCUUCCCCCAAGUCUUCAUUGUUGCAACUUGAUGCUCAGGAGCCUUCACCAGUUUCCCAUUCCACAAUGGCCACUGCAAAUAGCAGUGCGGGCAUCCACUGGUCCAGACAGGAGACACGUACUCUUCUGGCCAUACUUGGUGAGGCAGAGUAUAUUCAGCGCCUCCAGACUGUCCACCAUAAUGCAGAUGUCUAUCAGGCUGUGUCCAAACGAAUGCAUCAGGAAGGUUUCCGCCGCACAGAACGUCAGUGCCGCUCCAAGUUUAAAGUUUUGAAGGCUUUAUAUUUAAAGGCUUAUGUUGCCCAUGCCAUCAGUAUGGGGGACCCUCCACACUGCCCAUUUUAUGAUACACUGGAUCAGCUUCUCCGAAAUCAGGUAGUGACUGACCCAGAUAAUUUAAUGGAGGAUGCUGUCUGGACCAAGCAAUGUGAUCAGAACUUAGUAGCUUCUGACCUCCCAGGGGAAGAGGGAAACAGCAACUUGAAGGCAAAGAGGAAUCAGGCAGCAGAUCAUCAGACUAUCUUGAGAGCAGCUAAGGAAUCAGAUGAGAAUUGUCACCUAAGUGUGGGAAUUGGUAACCAGCUGCCUGAAACCGGUGACCUUGAGGAUUCCUGGGAUGAAGCCUCAGGUGCAGGCUGCUCUCAAGGGAUCCCCAGCUACAGCAGCUCCCACAGCCUUUACAGAGGUGCAGUUGCUCCCUGUCAUAGCAGCACUGUGACCAGAGUGGGUGUGUCCUGUGAGCCGGGUCCCUGCGCCAGCACCAGCCGCAACACCCUUGGUAUAGCCUCCACACAACAGCCCCAAGCCUCUUCCUCUAGAAUCCAUCUUCUUUCUGGUGGGGAUGGGACUUUCACCAACCAACCACCUCCAAGGUGGGCAUGGCGUAGAAGGCGUUCAGUGGCCAGGACCAUUGCUGCUGAGUUGGCAGAAAACAGGAGACUGGCCCGAGAACUUUCCAAGUGUGAGGAAGAAAAACUGGACAGGCUGAUUGCUAUUGGUGAGGAGGCCAGUGCCCAGCAAGACACGGCCAAUGAGCUCCGCAGGGAUGCUGUAAUCGCAGUCAGACGUUUGGCUACAGCAGUAGAAGAAGCAACUGGUGCUUUUCAGCUAGGACUGGAAAAAUUGCUUCAGAAGUUAAUCUCGAGCACCAAAAGUUAGGGGCUUGUUGUAAGAAAGUGAUUCCUAAAUUAGUAGUAGUAACAUCUGCUUUCUAAUGGUUGCCCUCAAUGUUCCCUGACAUCCUUUCUUGUGCAACUGGCCCUCAGAAAGAGGGAAGAUGAACCAUAAAUUUGUGGAGCAACAGGAAUAUAUAAUACAGGCCAGUUCCCUGAAGCCCAUUACUGGUUAAUGGAGGACUCCAGAAA